AUGAUACUCUAUUUUAUCGUUAACUUAUCGUUAGCAUACUUAUUACCUGAACAGAGCCAAAUAAGUCCUUACGACACAAAAAAUCGAUGCAACUGCCCUGAAUCAAAGCUAGGCGACAAAGUUUGCAACUGAGAAUGCGUUAGCUCUGGAUGCAACUUCGAUAUGGGCGAUUGCUGCGAGCCCUGAAUGCUACACAAUAAUGUUUGUGAUCCAGCCUGCAAUACUGCCAGAUAUCAAUAUGAUGGAGGUUUAUGCUUAAAUAUUCCUGAAUGCAAAUGUGACCCAAGCAUGCUUGGCAAUCAUGUCUGUGAUCGUGAAUGCGUAACUUUGGAAUGUUUAUAUGAUCUUGGAGACUGUUGUGAUUUAUCAGCUCUUAAAAGUGGAGUAUGCACUCCAGAAUGCCAUUCCUGGCAAUUCGAUUGGAACGGCCCAAAAUGCUUUGCAGACGCCCCUUCAAUGUGCCCAUGCGAAGAUAUACUUUUGGGGGACGGAGUCUGCCACCCAGAAUGCAAUAUAGAAGUUUGUAGUUUUGACUAUGGAGACUGCUGUCAAAAUUGGAUGCUUAAGAAUGGAAUUUGUGAUCCAUGGUGUAACAGUCCUACUUUUAAUUUUGAUGGAGGCGACUGUGAAGAUAAAGAACCUUGCAAUUGCAAUUAUAAAAAAUUAGGAAAUGGGAUAUGUGAUAUAGAAUGUUUGUCUGAUAGGUGCGGAUUUGAUAUGGGAGAUUGCUGUGAUGAAAAUAAAGUGAAAAAUGGUGUAUGUGAUGUUGAAUGCUAUACUUUGAAAUUCAAAUAUGAUUAUGGAGACUGCAAGCCAAUUUCGAAAGACUGCAAAUGUCCUCCUGAAGUGCUAGGAGAAGGAGAAUGCAACUGGAAAUGCUCGACUCCAGAAUGUGGCUAUGAUUUUGGAGAUUGCUGCGAGCCUUGAAUGAUCGGAAAUGGAUUUUGCGACUCCCAAUGCAAUGUACCUAUUCAUAAUUAUGACAAUGGAGAAUGUGAAGGGCUAGUGUGCAAAUGUGAUAGAAAACUAUUAGGAAACGGCCAAUGUGACCAAGACUGUUUAACUGCAGAGUGUGGCUGGGAUGGGGGAGAUUGUUGUGAUUAUAGCCUUCUCGGGGACGGACAUUGUGACAUGAUUUGUUACGCUCCUCAGUUUAACUGGGAUAACUUUGACUGUAACGGAGUUAAUAAUAGCUGUAAAUGUGACCUUACGAAAAGAGGAAACUUUGUUUGUGAUGAAGAGUGCAAUAAUGAAGAAUGCGACUAUGAUUUGGGAGACUGCUGUGACGCAGCAAAGCUCGCUAAUGGCAUAUGUGACCAGGAAUGCAACUUUAUGCGCCACAGCUAUGAUAACAAUGACUGUUUAAAAGAAAUGUGCCACUGCGACUUAGAGAAAUUAGGAGAUGGAAGAUGUGAUUUAGACUGCUAUAAUCCUGCAUGUGGAUUUGAUUUAGGAGAUUGCUGCGAAUCAUGGAUGCUUAGCAAUGAUUUUUGCGACGUCGCUUGUCUGUAUAAUCCAUUUGAUUUCCUUUGUGUGAAGAAAAAUGAAUGCCCAUGUGAAGUUCGCCAACUUGGAGAUGGAAAAUGCGAUAAAGAAUGCUUACUCCCUGGAUGCGCAUUUGACCUUGGAGACUGUUGUGAUAGGAAACUUCUAAAUAACGAUCAAUGCGAUUACGAAUGUUAUGCACCUCAAUUUAACUGGGACGGUCUGAAAUGCUUGCCAGCUAAAGAAGAAUGCAAAUGUGAUAAAAACAAGCUUGGAAACAAGUCAUGCAAUUGGGAAUGCGUAAAUGAGGAAUGUGGAUUUGAUUUUGGAGAUUGUUGUGAAGGAUGGAUGAUUUCUAAUGGAAUAUGCGACCUCAUGUGCUACGCUGAAGCUUUUGAUUUUGAUGGUGGAGAUUGUCAAACUAUACAUUGUCCUUGUGAUGAAUCGUUGCUGGGAAAUGGAGAAUGCAACCCUGAAUGCCUAUAUGAUGCCUGCUUAUUUGAUCAUGGUGACUGUUGCACGCCAGAAAUGCUGGAAAAUGAGAAAUGCGACUAUGAGUGCUAUUAUUAUGAAUUAGACUAUGACAAUGGAUUUUGCAAUUAUAGGCCACAAUGCAACUGUGAUCCAAGUUUGCUAGGUGAUGGAGUUUGCCAAUGGGAGUGCGUGACUAGCUUUUGUGGCUAUGACUAUGGAGACUGCUGUGACAAUUGAAUGCUUGGGAAUUCUAUAUGUGACCCAGCUUGCUUUACAGUUUCAAAAGAUUUUGAUAUGGGUGAUUGCAAAGGGAUAACAGAGUGCCCUUGUGAUCAUUCACAAUUAGGAAAUAAUAUAUGCGACUAUGAAUGUAUGAGGCCUGAAUGCAAUUAUGAUAUGGGAGAUUGCUGCACUGGAGAGCUACUUCACAAUGGCCAUUGCCAUCUAGAGUGCUACCAAGAGGGUUAUAAGUUUGACGCUAAGGAAUGCAGCGUUCCUUCUGCGUGCCCUUGCAGUCCAGAUCUCCUUGGCAAUAAUAUAUGUGAAGUUGAGUGCAAUAUUCCAUUAUGUUUCUUUGACCAAGGUGACUGCUGCAAGCCAGAAAUGUUGGGAAAUGGGGUUUGCAAUUCUGAGUGUAAUUAUUCUUAUAAAGAUUAUGAUAAUGGAGAUUGCGUGGGAGGAGGAAUAGACUCACCUAUAGCGUGCUCGUGCUUAGAAGCGAAAUAUGGAGAUGGGAUGUGCGAUUUGGAAUGCAAUACUGCUAUUUGUUAUUAUGAUAAUGGGGACUGCUGUGAAAAUGAAAUGCUUGGGAAUGGAAUUUGUGACCCUGAAUGUGAUAUGGAAAAGUUUAAUUUCGAUAAUGGAGACUGUAAUCAUCCUUACAUUUAA